AUGUUGCCCCAGCUUUUACUCCUCUCUCUUGCGCUGAGCCAGGUCGGCGCUAGCAUCUGGCCAGCUCCCAAGAAGCUCUCGACGGGCAAGAGUGUCUUGUAUAUCAGUCAAACACUGGAAAUCACUUACAAUGGGGGAUCUGUACGAUGGUUUCCUUCUCCCAAUCCCGUUUCGCAUGAUGAGGCACAUGAUACUGAAACUUUUUUUAACAUGCAGCUCCCGUAUACUUACGGAUACAGCCCUGCUCCAGGACCGACUUUCAGCAGCAAAGACAUUGUGCAAGGUGGCGUGUCGCGGGCCAUGGGCGCCAUCUUCCAGCAAAACUUCGUCCCUUGGAAAUUCCACCCGAAAAACAGCCAAUUCGAGCCGGACGUCUACGCAACCGACAAGAAAACGGUAAAAUCUUUGAAGAUCACGCAGACAGAACAGGACAAACCGAGCGCUUUCAAGCCCCUUGCCGGCGAGGUCGAUGAGUCGUACUCGCUGAAUCUUACAGAGGACGGCGAAGCGACAAUUGUGGCCAAGUCCUCCGUCGGCGUCCUGCGAGGACUCGAGACCUUUUCACAGCUCUUCUACAAGCACACUACCGGGACGUUUUGGUAUACGCCAUCCGCGCCUAUUUCGAUCGAAGAUGAACCGACAUACUCCCACCGCGGGAUUCUCAUCGACGUUGCUCGGAACUGGUACCCCGUACAGGACGUGUUGAGGGUCAUUGACGCCAUGUCGUGGAACAAGCUGAACAGAAUUCACAUCCACGUCACAGACUCCCAGUCCUGGCCACUUGACAUUCCAGCGAUGCCCGAUCUGUCCGCGAAGGGAGCCUACCAGAAGGGCCUCUCGUACACCCCAGAAGACCUGGCGAGGAUCCAAGAAUACGCCGUCCACCGUGGUAUCGAGCCAAUCAUCGAGAUCGACAUGCCCGGCCACAUCGGCUCGGUGUCGUUUGCGUACCCGGAGCUCAUUGUGGCUUACAAUGAGAAGCCGUACCAAUGGUGGUGUUUGGAGCCGCCUUGCGGUGCCUUCAAGAUGAACGAUUCCCGCGUGGACGAGUUCCUGGACAAGCUCUUUGACGACCUGCUGCCGAGGGUCAAACCUUAUACGGCAUACUUCCACACUGGUGGCGAUGAACUGAACAGGAACGACUCGAUGCUGGACGAGGGCGUCAGAUCCAACUCGACCGAGGUCCUACAACCUCUGCUUCAAAAGUUCAUGGACAAGAACCACGCGCGAAUCCGCAAGCAUGGUCUCGUACCGUUUGUGUGGGAGGAGAUGGCACUCGAAUGGAACAUCAACCUCGGCGAAGAUGUGGUGAUUCAGUCGUGGUUGGGAGCAGGGGCUGUCAAGAACUUGACUGGCAUGGGCCACAAAGUCAUCGACAGCAACUACAACUACUGGUAUCUCGAUUGCGGCAGAGGCCACUGGAUGAACUUUGACAACGGCGCAGCCUUUAAGCAGUUCUUCCCCUUCAACGACUGGUGCUCGCCAGCAAAGGGCUGGCGACUCAUCUACUCUCACGAUCCAAGGGCGAACCUGACGGAGGAGGAAGCGAAGCUGGUGCUCGGAGGCGAGGUGGCGGCGUGGAGUGAAUCGAUCGAUGCGGUCAGCAUCGACGGCAUCUUGUGGCCGAGAGCCAGCGCGGCGGGCGAGGUGUUGUGGUCUGGACGACAGGAUGCGUCGGGACAGAACAGAAGCCAGUACGACGCGGCACCUAGGCUGGCGGAGUUCAGGGAGAGAAUGGUUGCGAGGGGAGUCAGGUCGGAGCCGGUGCAGAUGACGUUUUGCACGCAAGGAGACGCCGGCGAGUGUGCCUAUGUGAUUUCAUGA